AUGUCUCGCUAUCUGUGGCCAAUCGGUCAACAUUGUUUGCUUUUUGGCUCAGUAGCAGCCCAGCAGGGCCUACGUUUUUUUUCCAUUCGCAAACAGCGCUUUGAGAGGACCAUGGUUGCCAUGGCCAUGGCCACUGUGCCGGUCCUGGCCUUCUCGGCCUUGUCAGUCCUCAGUUUUGCGUCUGACGACCUGGACACGUUGGACACGUUGGACAAGGUUCUGGCUGGCUAUGAAGAGGGCCUCAACUUGCUGCAAAGAAAAAAUCAGAGACAGACAGUGCGAAUGCAGGAGCAGCAUGAAGCCAGCAGCAAUGAAACAGCCAUGUGGCAAGGUGCAAGAGAGACAGGCAACAUUUGCAUGUGGUCCAACUGCGAGCAGAGCCUCGGUCCCACGGAAUGUUACCAUUUUCGCUGUGUUUGCCAGAUGGAUUUCGUCUACAGCGAACGAGUAAAACAAUGUGUUCAUCGCUACACACCAGAAGGAAGAGAGGUGGUGUUGCCUCAAGACACUGGAGCAACGUGCUAUUUCAAUGACUGCACUGCCAAAUUCACGGUUUGCUCAGACUCGAAGUGCCUUUGCAUUCCCGGCUUUGUUUACCUGGCCGGUCAAGGAACAUAUGGUGGUUGCCAGCGUGAUCCGAACCUCUUUCCACCGAAUCAACACUGGUCACAAAGCGAUGACUUGCACAGAUGGCAGGAGCAACAGCAGCAUCAGCAGCAGCAGCAGCAGACCACUUCCGCGCCGCAAAGUUCAAGGGCUUCUUGCGGCCAACAUCCAAAAUGCGCAGGUUUAGCAGGAGACUGCUGCCCGAAUGGACUGGGCCUCAGCCUGGCCUGCUGCAAUUGAACGGUCCCAAAGCGUGAUCCGAAAAAUCCUAAUUGGCUUGGCUGAACAUGCCAGCCUCUUUCGCCUCUUUAGCAUCUUUCGCCUCUUUGGCCUUGCACACUUGCUUAACAGGCAGCGAGG